AUGGCCAAUAAUUACGACGUUGGGACUGCAGCGUGGCAGCCCGACGCAACAGAGGGCUGGGUGGCUUCGGAGGUAAAGGAGAAGAACGUCGAUGGGGACAAAGUGACCCUGAUCUUCGCUUUGGAAAAUGGGGAGGAGAAAACUGUUGAAACCACCGUCGCAGAGUUGCAGGUCGCGAACAAUCCAUCCUUGCCGCCGCUGAUGAACCCAGCAAUGCUCGAGGCUAGCGAAGAUCUCACAAAUUUGUCACAUCUGAAUGAGCCUGCUGUCUUGCAGGCCAUUAAGUUGCGAUAUUCCCAGAAAGAGAUCUAUACAUACAGCGGUAUUGUCCUUAUCGCGACGAAUCCCUUCGCUCGGGUUGACUCCCUCUACGUCCCUCAGAUGGUUCAGGUCUACGCUGGCAAGCAACGUGCCACCCAAGCUCCGCAUCUCUUCGCUAUCGCAGAAGAAGCCUUUGCAGAUAUGUUACGAGAUGGCAAAAAUCAGACUAUCGUGGUAUCCGGUGAGUCUGGAGCCGGGAAGACCGUCAGUGCGAAGUACAUCAUGAGGUACUUCGCCACGCGAGACUUCUCAGACCAGCCAGGCCGGUUCACGACAGGCCGGGCUGAAACAAUCAGUGAAACCGAGGAGCAGAUUUUGGCUACGAAUCCCGUCAUGGAAGCUUUUGGAAACGCAAAGACGACACGUAACGACAACUCUUCACGAUUCGGAAAAUAUAUCGAGAUCAUGUUUGAUGAUAAAACAAACAUCAUUGGUGCGAAGAUACGAACUUACCUGCUGGAACGCUCAAGGCUCGUUUUCCAGCCACUCAAGGAACGCAACUACCAUAUCUUCUACCAAUUGGUUGUUGGCGCAACCGAUGCUGAACGCGAAGCGCUUGGACUGGCCUCCGUGGAGGACUUUGAUUACCUAAACCAAGGAUCAACUCCUACAAUCGACGGUGUCGAUGACAAGGCGGAGUUUGAGGCUACGAAGAAAUCGCUCUCCACUAUUGGCGUUGAAGAUGAGACUCAGAGCUCCAUAUUCAAGAUCUUGGCGUCUCUGCUUCAUUUGGGAAAUGUGAAAAUAAGCGCAACACGGACUGAAUCCACACUAUCGCCAACUGAGCCGGCCCUCGUUCGCGCCUGUGAGAUGCUGGGCAUCGAUGUCAAUGAGUUUGCGAGAUGGAUCGUCAAGAAACAGCUCAUCACUCGUGGCGAGAAAAUUACCUCCAACUUAACUCAGCAACAAGCUACCGUUGUUCGAGAUUCCGUAGCGAAAUUCAUAUACUCCAGCCUGUUUGAUUGGCUAGUGGACAAGAUCAACCGAGCUUUGGCUACAGAAGAAGUCAUGAGCCAGGUAAAAUCUUUCAUUGGUGUCUUGGAUAUCUACGGCUUUGAGCAUUUUGCGAAGAACUCUUUUGAACAAUUCUGCAUCAACUAUGCAAAUGAAAAGUUGCAACAGGAAUUCAACCAGCAUGUAUUCAAGUUGGAGCAGGAAGAGUAUGUCCGUGAACAGAUUGACUGGACAUUUAUUGAUUUCUCCGACAAUCAGCCCUGUAUCGACUUGAUCGAGGGUAAACUUGGUAUUCUGUCUCUGCUUGACGAGGAGUCUCGACUACCUAUGGGUUCUGAUGAACAAUUUGUCACCAAACUGCACCUCAAUUUUGCAGCGGACAAGCAAAAGUUCUAUAAAAAACCUCGAUUUGGCAAGUCAGCUUUUACCGUUUGCCACUACGCUGUCGACGUCACGUACGAAUCAGAGGGCUUUAUUGAAAAGAAUCGAGACACCGUGCCCGAUGAGCACAUGGAAGUGCUCAAGAAUUCCACUAAUCCCUUUGUAAAGGAAGUCCUAGAGGCUGCAUCUAGUGUCCGGGAAAAAGAUUCAGCAUCAGCUUCUACCAAACCUGCAACAGCUCCCGGCCGGCGAGUUGGUGUUGCGGUGAACCGGAAGCCUACGCUUGGAGGAAUAUUCAAAUCGUCGCUUAUUGAGCUCAUGAAGACAAUCAACUCGACAGAUGUCCACUAUAUUCGCUGCAUCAAACCAAAUGAAGCCAAAGAAGCUUGGAAAUUUGAGGGUCCCAUGGUUCUCAGUCAACUCCGAGCUUGCGGUGUCCUUGAAACUGUCCGAAUCAGCACGGCUGGUUAUCCUACACGAUGGACUUACGAAGAAUUCGCUCUCCGGUAUUACAUGCUCUGCCAUUCUUCCCAAUGGACAUCGGAGAUCAAAGAAAUGUGUUAUGCCAUUUUACGAAAGGCCCUUGGAGAUACUAGUCAUCAAAAGCAUGACAAGUACCAACUCGGUCUAACUAAGAUUUUCUUCCGGGCCGGUAUGCUUGCCUUUUUGGAAAAUCUGAGAACGUCCAGAUUGAAUGAAUGUGCUAUCAUGAUCCAGAAGAAUCUCAAGUGCAAAUACUACAGGCGAAGAUAUCUAGAGGCCCGAGAUUCCAUCGUGACCACCCAAUCGGUUAUCCGUGGCUUCUUAGCCAGGCAGCGUGCUGACGAGAUUCGCCAAAUCAAGGCAGCUACUACAAUCCAGAGGGUCUGGAAAGGCCAGAAGCAGCGAAAGGCAUACAACGAAAUCCGGAACAACAUCGUCCUCUUUGAAUCAAUUGCCAAGGGUUUCAUCCGUCGACGGAACAUCAUGGACACCAUUCUCGGCGAUGCAGCGAAAAAGAUACAACGUGCUUUCCGCUCUUGGGUGCAGCUGCGUGACUGGCGACAAUAUCGUCGAAAGGUUGUCAUUAUUCAAAAUCUAUGGAGAGGCAAGACUGCCCGUCGGCAGUACAAAAAGUUGCGUGAAGACGCACGCGACCUCAAGCAAAUAUCUUAUAAGCUUGAGAACAAGGUUGUCGAGUUGACGCAGUCUCUGGGCUCGUUAAAACGCGAGAACAAGACUCUCCUAGGCCAGCUUGAGAAUUAUGACAGUCAAUUGAAAUCAUGGCGAAGCCGCCACAAUGCGUUGGAGACACGGUCCAAGGAACUCCAGGCCGAAGCUAAUCAAGCUGGUAUCACCGCUGCUCGUUUGUCAGCUAUGGAAGAAGAUAUGACGAAGCUCCAGCAGAACCACACUGAGGCUCUUUCUACGAUUAAACGUCUGCAGGAGGAAGAGAGAACGUCCCGCGAGUCGAUUCGUGUUGCUGAUCUCGAGCUCCAAAAAUUGAGGGAGAUCAACUCUAUCCAUGAAGACGAAAAUUCUUCAUUGCGAAGUCAGUUGACCGAACUUCAAGAGCAAUUAGAGAUCGCAAAGAAGUCUGUACCUGUGAAUGGCGUUGCUGGCGAUAUGCAAAAUGGCACUGUUGUUCCAGCUCCGAUGAACGGUCUUAUCAACCUCGUAUCGUCCAAGAAGCCCAAGCCUAAACGCAGGAGUGCUGGGGCGGAGAGAAUUGAUAUCGAUCGCUUCAGUGGCGCAUACAACCCUCGACCCGUAUCCAUGGCUAUCCCCAGCUCUGCUAUGGUUCGCCAAGCAGUGUCAGGACCGAGCUACUCCCCUAGCUCGGACACUAUUGAGACCGAGCUAGAAAACCUACUGUCGGCAGAAGAGGAAAUGAAUGAAGAGGUCACCAUGGGUCUCAUUCGCAAUUUGAAGAUUCCCUUGCCUGGGGCUAGUCCUCCGCCCACCGAGAAAGAGGUCCUAUUUCCUUCUUACCUUAUUAAUCUCGUUACCUCUGAGAUGUGGAACAACGGAUUUGUCAAGGAGUCGGAACGAUUCCUGGCAAAUGUCAUGCAGUCCAUUCAGCAGGAAGUCAUGCAACAUGACGGUGAUGAAGCCGUCAACCCUGGGGCUUUCUGGCUUUCGAAUGUACAUGAGAUGCUCUCAUUCGUAUUCUUGGCAGAAGAUUGGUACGAGGCUCAGAAAACCGACAACUAUGAAUACGACCGCUUAUUGGAGAUUGUCAAACAUGAUCUCGAGAGUCUGGAAUUCAACAUUUACCACACGUGGAUGAAGGUUCUCAAGAAGAAGUUGUAUAAGAUGAUUGUGCCAGCUAUUAUCGAAUCUCAGUCUUUGCCUGGGUUUGUUACAAGUGAAACAAAUAGGUUCUUGGGCAAGCUUUUGCCUUCGAACAGUUCGCCAGCUUAUAGCAUGGAUAACCUUCUCAGUCUGCUCAACAACGUUUUCAAGGCAAUGAAGGCAUACUACCUGGAAGACAGUAUCAUCACGCAGACAAUAACCGAACUGCUGCGACUUGUCGGGGUGACAGCGUUCAACGAUCUGCUUAUGCGACGAAAUUUCCUCUCUUGGAAGCGAGGCCUUCAAAUCAACUACAACAUCACCCGCAUUGAGGAAUGGUGCAAGAGCCAUGAUAUGCCGGAAGGGACUCUCCAGCUUGAACAUUUGAUGCAAGCGACCAAGCUUCUUCAGCUUAAGAAAGCGACUCUGAAUGACAUUGAGAUUAUUCAAGAUAUUUGCUGGAUGCUCUCGCCCACCCAGAUUCAAAAGCUACUGAACCAGUACCUCGUUGCAGACUACGAGCAACCCAUCAACGGAGAAAUCAUGAAAGCUGUUGCAUCUCGUGUGACCGAGAAGAGCGACGUGCUUCUCCUCACAGCGGUGGACAUGGAGGACAGUGGGCCAUAUGAGAUUGCCGAACCGCGAGUGAUCACGGCUUUGGAAACCUACACACCUUCCUGGCUGCAAACACCUCGAUUGAAACGCCUAGCGGAGAUUGUCUCUGCUCAAGCAAUGGCCCAACAAGAGAGAGCCGACGGAGGAGAGAACGGUGCAAUGACGGAUGUUGAAGAGUAG